UUCUUUUUUUUUCUCGCUCUCUCUCCAAAAUAUUGUCCAUAAUAAAAGUUGAAAGCAGUUUAACUGCUUCUUUAGUCUGGGGAACCGUAUUUUUUUUUUUUUUUCAUCACUGGGGCAGGAAAGUACAAAGAAAUUCUUGACACAUGUUGCAUCCUUUAGACGAUAGGAUGGGUCAAACUGUUCCAAGCAUUCAUCCUGACCAUAUGCUUGACAUGCUGGCCGUGUUUUGUAUUAGUUUGUUUAGUUUAAUAUUUUAGUUUCUCAAUCUGCUCUUUGUUUAUAUUCCCUUUGUUGGCUGAUUGAAAAGAGAGGAGCCCCUCGACCUGGAAACCACCAGAGAAGUAAGUGGAUUGAAGACGGCAGAGAGCAAGUGAGGGAGUCACAGUUGGGGGAGGGGGGGGGGGCGGUGGUAGACAGAAGGGUUUAAGAGCUAAUCCAACACCCGGUCAAUCCCAAAGUAGCUUUAUCUUUCGGCCAGGGAGACUCAGACAGAACAGUGACAGGAUUGUCGCUUUCCUCGCAUGUUUUUCAAACGUGGAGUCACCCCCCCCCCCCUGCCAAUUUUUUUUUCUUCUUCUUCUCAAAAGUGCCGGCCUUCCCGGGGUGAAGCAGUUCCGGGAAAGAGAGGACAAAGCGACUUGGUGACAAGGAUGGCGCCGCGCACGGAUAAACCUCUUCAGAUGAUGCAUGACGCCGGCCGGCCCACCCUGCUGGAUGCGGAAUGACUCGCCCCAAAUUUCUCUCGGGAAGUGAAGAUCUUUUGAAAACAAAAGGACCCUCUGCCAGUAAGCGACGUGACCUUGGGCGACGGUGCCGCGCGUUGAGGAUGACUUUGCUCGAAACCCGCAUUGUGGAAUAAAUGGUGGAGAAAAUCUGGCAUUCCGAAGUAACCCAUUAAGCGGACUCGAGGGGGGCUUCUGUAUCGAACAUUCCAGAGAAAUUUACAGCUAUGAGUCUCGGAAAACUUCCUCGGAUCAAGAGCCUGGUGUCCGGCUCCCAGGAGAGACGUCGCUUCAAGAGCGACCUCUCCGUGGACAUGAUCAGCCCGCCGCUGGGCGACUUCCGACACACGAUGCACGUCGGCCGCGGCGGGGACGUGUUUGGCGACACGUCUUUUCUGAGCAACUACGGAGGAGGCGCCAGAGAGCCGGGCAGCCCCGACUCAUCGAACAGCUCCAAAUCGACGGGAUUCUUCACACGCACCUUCAGGCACAUAAGGAAGAAUUCCGGCCCACGGGGGGAACUGCGGGACUGUUCAUCGCCGCCGCCGGACAUCUCGCCCAUCAUCAAGAAUGCCAUGUCCCUGCCUCAACUCAACGUGGAUUCUCCCAAUGGGUGCCUGCAGAGGCUCCCGAAUUCCAUCAGCUCAACAGACGGCGCCAUCUGCACAUAUGGUAUCCAAUCUGGAUUUGUCACUUUGCCACGCUACUCUCGCCUCGACAGACCGUUUCUCGACGGAGAACUCCGAGUGUCUGUGCGACAAAGAAACGGCAAAGCCUUGACCCGGUCGGACUCCCUCACCUCCUUCACGUUGGACCUGGGCCCCUCCCUGAUGACCGAAGUUCUGGGCUUGUUUGACAACCCCGGCUACCUCCAGGGGGCCGCAACUGAGGAGAAAGACAAAAAUGUCGCCCAGGAGGCGGAGGAGGAUGACAGAUCCCUAACGGAGACAUUCGGGGACCCAGCCGGGAGUUCCACCAACUCCUCGGUGCGCAGCAGGUCGUCGAGAAGGAACGGGAACAGUCGGGAGCGCUCGUGUAGCAGUAGCGGGACGGAGGAGGACAGGAGGUCAGUCGCCACAUCCUCCAAAUCUCCUCCGAGGUCUCCCCCCAAGCGAGAAGCCGCCAUGGAGUCGGAGAGCUUCCGGAGGGCAGCCGAUGUGUUGUCUCGACAUUACGGCGGAGGCGCCGUCACAAGGCUCAGUCCUCCUCUUUCCAAAACGCCUUACACGUUUUCUGAAGAGGAAGAGGAAAUCAAAGUUUAAAAGAGGUUUAUCCACUCUGCAAUAAUCUUGCUUCCGCCAUUUUAUACAACAGAUUAUUAUUAUUGUAAUAGUUACAUCAUAGGGCGGCCCGGUAGUCCAGUGGUUAGCACGUCA